AUGCUAGGUCGUUGUUUGAUUCGAAAUUCCCAAUAUUUAUUGGGGGCAAAAUCACUUUUAACUUAUUGUCGACCCUUAUCUGACAAAUCAUAUGUGGCUACUGAAUCAAUCAGUCCGACGCUACUGAAAAAGGCUUCCAGGUUGAGCUCACAAUUGAAAGACUUGGAAUCAAAGCUUUCUUCAAGUGACGAGUUCAGUUAUCAAGAUUCCAGGGACUAUUCGCUGUUGGUCUCUACGGUGGAAACUUAUAAUGAAUUUCUCCGAGAAACUGAAAAUGUUGAAGAAUUACAAAGGAUGUUGCAUGAAGACCCUUCGUUAAAAGAAGAAAUAGAAAGUGAGCUAACACAGGCCGCUCCUAAAUUAAAGAGACUAACCUCCAAACUAAAGACUAAGUUACUUCCGCCACAUGAAUUUGCCGACAAGCCUUGUAUUCUGGAACUAAGACCAGGAAUAGGAGGAAGCGAGGCAAAUUUGUUUACCGAGGAUUUACUCUCUAUGUACGAAAAAUACGCCCAGCAUCAUAGAUGGUCGUAUGAGAUAAUUUCAAGAAAUCCACACCCUUCAGGCAAUGGACUGGUUGAUGCCGCCAUUGUAAUUAACGAGCCUGGAUCAUAUAAUCGUUUGCGAUUCGAAGCUGGGGUUCAUCGUGUCCAAAGAGUUCCUGCAACAGAAUCAAAGGGAAGAACUCACACUUCAACCGCUGCUGUAGUAGUUCUUCCCAAGAUUGAUGAAGACGAUACCAGUUUGAAUCGAACGUUUUUACCCGACGACAUACGCAUUGAUGUUAUGAGGGCCAGUGGUUCAGGUGGCCAGCACGUGAACACUACUGAGUCCGCCGUUAGGGUGACUCAUAUACCUUCAGGAAUUGUGGUGUUAAUCCAAGACGAAAGGUCCCAGCAUAAAAACAAAGCCAAAGCCCUCACGAUUCUCAAGGCUAGACUGGCUGAAAAAGAGAGAGUCGAAAAAGAGGAAAAAGAAUUAGCUGAGAGGAAGGGGCAGGUAAGUUCCACCGACAGAAGCGAUAAAAUUAGAACGUACAACUUCUCUCAAAAUCGAAUCACAGAUCAUAGAUGUGGCUAUUCGCUGCACAAUGUUGAAGGCUGUUUGAACGGUUAUAAGUUAGACGAAAUCAUUGAUGCCCUACUGGAUAAAGAAACGGCAGAGAAAUCUGAUGAACUUGUGAAGCAACUAGAAACUAAAGAGGGUAUUCUGAACUGA